CUAUCUGGACGAGAAAUCCCAAGAGAAUACUCUGCUCGCCGUGCACUCGUACCCUCGCAGCCUGGAGGAGGAGUGGAUUCCUCUCUAUAGACACUGUUUACAGCCCACGGUCGAACCAACAAGACAAUGUCGCACCAACGCAAAGGAUCGCAGCUCUGGCAGCCCACAUCGCCGACGACCGAGACGCCCGCCAGCCCCCUGGCAGCGGAGGCGCCGGCGAAGCAGGAGCAGCAGCAGGAGCAGCAGCGGGACGCGACGCGCCAGCGCAACCCCGGCCGGCGCAUCGCGCAGAUCGUCAAGCUCAAGCCCGAGUACCUGGCCGAGUACAAGAAGUGCCACGCCGCCGUGUGGCCCGAGGUGCUGAAGCAGAUCAAGGAGUGCAACAUAGUCGACUAUAGCAUCUUCUUCGACGACUCCAGCAACAUCCUCUUCGCCAGCUUCAAGUACGUCGGGUACGACUACGCGGGCGACAUGGAGAAGAUGGCCGAUAACCCCAAGGUGCGCGAGUGGUGGGCCUACACGGACAAGAUGCAGGACAGCCUGGUGCCCGGCGCCAAGAGCAGCGAGUCCGGCGAGCCGUCGUGGUGGAAGGGGCUCGAGGAGGUCUUCUAUUUCAACCGGUGAUGAGAUAUACAUAUAUAUAUAUAUAUAUAUAUAUAUCAAUCUAUGUGUAAUCGCAAGAUGAUUCGGGAUUCGGGAUUCGAAAGUGAGGUCAUGACAGCGCGUGGUGUUUCGG